UUUCAAAUAUGGUCAACACAGAAGAGACAAUUGAAUCACUUAGGAGCUGAUCACCGACUCUCAUGACUGGGUGGUGCACGGCUUUGACAAUCGUGAUGUCACUGAGUAAAGGGACACCUCUCGGCAGGUCAUACAUGACAUCAUCAACUGUAACACAUAUAAACAAUGACCGAACAUCUACUUCACCAUUUGACCACCACGCAUUCGAACAGCUCUGCUACCAAACAACAACCCAUUCCCAAGCCCACAUCACCGUCAACCAGAUACCUACCUUAAGCAAACAAACCCAUCAUGCCCUCUGACCCUCAUCCCCAGGGAGGUAACCUCUCCGAUAUGGCCGCCACCGGCACAAAGGUCCCAAAGGACGCCGCAAAGCCCAACGUUGUCCCAUCCAACGCUGGAGAGAACAAGCCUGACAGUCUUGGUUCGGGGAUCUCGGAUAACGCUCUGGGUAGCACAUAUCUUGGGGAGGUUACCAGUGCUGGGGGCGGUCAGCUGCCGGAGGAUAUUGGACAGAAGUACAGCCGGAGUGGUGGGAAGGAUAGGGAGCCUCAUCAUAGCGCGCCGCACGGCGGUAGGAACCUGCCUUCUCACUAGGAGAGGUGUCAUUUAUCGAAGAAUAAUGUCAUGAAAAAUGCUUUUUGGUUUGAUGUUGAUAGGGCAUGAGGUGCUGGGAGUGUUGUCAAAUCAGGAUGUGAGUGGAUGUUGAAGGCUGACGUACGUUUGCUUCAGCUCUGUGAGAGCUGAGAAACUGGAGGGAUUUGUUCCCAGCUAUGGUGUGUUCUAAGCAGAUCUACAAAUGCAAUCAACCAGCAGAUACAAGCUUAGUAUGUAAAAGUAACA